CUUUGUAUAUCUGAAACUUUGUAUGUAUAUUAUACCAACAGAACACUGUGUACAUCUGAAGCUGUGUAUGUAUAUUAUACCAACAGAACACUGUGUACAUCUGAAACUGUGUAUGUAUAUUAUACCAACAGAACACUUUGUACAUCUGAAACUGUGUAUGUAUAUUAUACCAACAGAACACUUUGUACAUCUGAAACUUUGUAUGUAUAUUAUACCAACAGAACACUGUGUACAUCUGAAACUGUGUAUGUAUAUUAUACCAACAGAACACUUUGUACAUCUGAAACUGUGUAUGUAUAUUAUACCAACAGAACACUUUGUACAUCUGAAACUGUGUAUGUAUAUUAUACCAACAGAACACUUUGUACAUCUGAAACUGUGUAUGUAUAUUAUACCAACAGAACACUUUGUACAUCUGAAACUGUGUAUGUAUAUUAUACCAACAGAACACUUUGUACAUCUGAAACUUUGUAUGUAUAUUAUACCAACAGAACACUGUGUACAUCUGAAGCUGUGUAUGUAUAUUAUACCAACAGAACACUGUGUACAUCUGAAACUGUGUAUGUAUAUUAUACCAACAGAACACUUUGUACAUCUGAAACUGUGUAUGUAUAUUAUACCAACAGAACA